AAGGCGGAGUCAGCCAAAGAUCUGUUGUUUGUGUUCACUACAGUCGAAUAGAGAGAAAAUUCAGCUUGUGUUUAAAAACAACAAAAUAAGGACUGAUCUCGACUAGCUAUAUCUUUACCUGCUAGGAAAAUUUGAAGGGGAUGCUGCUGCGUAGAGAAACACUAUUUUUUAGUCGCUCCUCGGGUAUUUUUUUUCGGUUCGGUGGGUGCUCUGAAACGACGACGAGUUUUUUAAUACAACAAGCCUCUCAGCAAAGUGGACUAAUAGAACAAGCGAGCCCGCCGCGACACACGUCGUGCUGAAACAGAUAACAUCACAGCGACUAAUUUGCCGAAACAGAUAAAACAACAAUAUUAUUGCCUGAGUCUGGCACAACGUAAUUUUAAACCAAGGAGCCGUCAUAUACAUUUCGUGAAGAAGUGCUGAGUGAUUCCAUCCAAACAUGAAACUCCUGGAGAACUCGAGCUUUGAGGCUAUCAACUACCAGCUGUGCAUCGAGACUGGGGACUCGAACAUCAUCGGCAGGAUCGAGAGCUACUCCUGUAAGAUGGCAGGGGAUGACAAGCACAUGUUCAAGCAGUUCUGUCUGGAUGGUCAGCCCCACGUCCUGGAGGCCCUGUCCCCCCCUCAGACAAGCGCGGUCAGCCCCAGCAAAGUGGGUAAGAGCAAUGAGGAUGCAGAGAGCCCGCUGAGUGAUAAGUGCUGCAGGAAGACUCUGUUCUAUCUGAUCGCCACACUCAAUGAGUCCUUCAGACCAGACUAUGACUUUAGCACGGCCAAGAGCCACGAGUUCAGCAGAGAGCCCAGCCUCAACUGGGUGGUGAAUGCAGUGAACUGCAGCCUGUUUUCUGCAGUGGGGGAGGAGUUUAACAACCUGAAGCCUGAGUUAUGGAAUGCUCUGGACCAGGAGAUCUGCCUCCAGGAGUGUGACAUCUACAGCUAUAACCCUGAUCUGGACUCUGACCCCUUUGGAGAAGAUGGUAGCCUCUGGUCCUUCAACUACUUCUUUUACAACAAGAAGCUGAAAAGAAUCGUCUUCUUCACUUGCCGCUCAGUUAGUUUCAUGAGCGGGUGUGGUCGGGACAGCCUUGGAAACGAGUUGGACAUAGAGCUGGAGAACGAGAUGGAUGAAGAGACAGACAACUUUGAGGAGGACAGUUUCCAUCAGACGGUGUGUGUCUAGCAAGAUGGAGUCACCACCACAUCUCUGAGGGAGUGAGACCCUGUCCACAGCAGAGCAGCUCAUCACCAGAAUCUUUCUGUCUCUCUCCCUGUCUGUCUUCAUCUCAGGCACUGCAAUUGUACAGCAUUCUUGCUUGCUCGCCAGGACCCAGUGGUUUGUUUUAUAGCAUUCCUCGCAGCAAUAACUCUGAAAUGGGAGACCAGUUUCUAUAUGGGAUUUUAUUCCAGCUCAACACUUUGGAUUUACUGGCAGCUAUGACAGUGAGGUGCCGGCAGCAUUCAGUGAUUUUAAAGGACUCCUCUUUCCGUUAAACCAAAUAAAAGCUGCUUUAUAUUUGCUGGUCUCUGCAAAGUGGUGACACUGGUGGCACUGCACUGAGCUACUGUUUUAUUGUUUGCUUUUUGUAAUGUUUUAGAUCCAGGUCUGAUUGUAAGCUAGGAGAGGCCGCUGUGAACGGCACAAGAACAACUGAACAGCAGCCUUGCAGGCCUGGCAGGUUUUAGGAGUUUUUGCACCUGCCAGAGACAAAUUAAAACAAACACUGCAGACUUAAACUGAGUGUAGCUAACAAAAGCAUUCAAUCUUGCCUGCUGUGAACUGCCUUUCAUUUCAAAUGUGCAUUUCUGAAAGAAAUUAGUGUUACAGCAAACGUGUAUUUUCAUUUAAAAAAAACACCAAUACUACAUUAUGUUAAAGAAAGUUAUCUGUUUCUGACAUAUUUUCAGGAAAUCUGUUGGCUGUCUUGGGUCAUUUUACCUCAGCAGUAAUGUUACUGGCUAAAAGCAUGUCAGUCAAAAGGGAAAACAGCUGGUUGGUUAAUGAAGCCAUUGAAAGGGUGGGGGUAAUUUUACACUUCAGGUGAAAGUACCAAGCAAGUGCAACACUAACUGAAAGCGUGGCUUGCAAACAUUUGUUUAAUCAAGUGUAGUACCAAAUGUGUGUUAAAUAAAAUUGUCCUAGAACUUUCAAAGCUGCACACUUAAGACCGGUGUAGCUAAGGAAGUGCACAACAGGUAAGAUCUAUGGAAUUAUUUGAACUACAAUCGGUUGAAAUUGCCCUGCUAAUAUUUGGUGGUAAUGUUGAAUGUGCUGGUAACAGUUUUGUUUGUAUUCCCAUUAUAUGGUUUGGAUACUUGGACUCCUGUUGUCCUGCAGUUUCAACCAUCACCUCUCAGAGACAGACCUAGAAAUACUUCAAACUGCUAUUUAUUUAUUGCAUUUAUAUGGCGCUUUUUAUAUAAAAGCGUCACAAAGCCCUGUGUGACAGUGCAGCUUCUUGCAAUAGAAAUGAGUAGAAUGUGUUUCAGUCUGGGCCACGAAUGUGUUUGUUUAGUUUUUUCUACAUUUUUUUCAAAUGCAUAUGUGAGGAAUGAUUCCUGAUAAAAUGGGGCACUGGUGAAAUAGAAGAUGCUCUUCAUUGAGUAAGCAGCAGUGUGUGAAUAAAUUUUAAACAAGCAGUAUUUGGGCAAGUGCAGUAUAUUAUUAUAAUAACCUCCUUUUUAAUGUUUGAAUACCGCGUAACAUUUGUGUUUGUCUUUUUAGAACAGAGGUUUCUGCAUUGAUUUUAUGUUUUUGUAAUCUUAUAGGCAGUUCUGUUUUUUUCUUUUUUAAUCUACUUUGUUCACAUGAAUGAAUAAACUGAUUUUAAUGUAA